AUGAACCACCACCGCAAUAAAGCCACUCCCUCAUCCCGCCCGCCUUCCAAUUCCGCCGGCAGAAUCGCCCCUCACCGCCCACCCGCCGUCCCAUUCCUUUGCCAUCUCCAACACCGGCUUCAACCUCACCUCAACCACACCUGUCGUCCAUCCCCGACAUCCUCCAUCACUCCCCGUCAGCCUAGUACAGGCCAUGUGUCGAGUCUAAUCGCCCCUGCUUGGCCGUGGAAUCCCCACGAAACGAACCUAAUCCGCGCCGGAUACAAACCUGCUUUUGCGCCUGCGCCGCAGAAUACAGCAGCUGCUCCCGCCGGCGGCGCCGCAACUACCCCCGGGAAGUGUACGAGUACAGCUACAUCUAGCGCUGCGCCGAAGAAACCUGCCAAAAUGGCGGAACCCCGUGCGCGUAUGGCCCGCCACAAGGGCCAAAUGAACUUCUCUUCCGAGCUCCGCCUCCUCCUCCUCGCCUACGGCGACCCCAGCCCGCACCCGUCAUUCCCAUCUGAGCCCCUCCCCGAAACGGUGCGCGUCCUCGACGAAAUCGUCACGGACUUCGUUCUCGAAAUGUGCCACGGCGCCGCGCAAUACGCGAGCUACUCGCGGCGGCAGAAGAUCAAGGUUGACGAUUUCCGGUUCGCGCUGCGCCGCGACCCGAACAAGCUGGGCCGUGUGCAGGAGCUGCUGCGCAUGGAGCGCGAGCUGAAGGAGGCGCGCAAGGCGUUCGAUCAGAAUGAUGACCAGGUGGCGAAUUUGAAGGAUGCGAAGAAGGGGAUGGAGGAUUUGGGGGAGGGUGGUGGUGCUGCUGUCGCUGAUGGGAAGAAGAGUAAGGGGAAGGGGAAGCGCGGGGCGAGGAGGGAUUCGGAUGUUACGGAUGAUAUGGCGCCUAAGAAGAGGAAGACUGGUUGA